CCUAUUUGGGAAUCUUCCUUCCUUUCUGAAGUUCAGUGGAAUCCCUGGACCCUGGAGCAAAGCUUUCUGACUAGGUGCUGCUGUGAAACAAAAUGGAAGAUUCCCAAGUUGCAUGCCUGGACCUCAGCCGUGGUCAAGAACAGACAGAACACGCAGGUUUACGGAAUAUUUUGAAUGAUAAGGGUCCUAACAUAUACCAUGAAACAGAAAACAUACAAACCGGUGAAGAUGAGAAAGAAUAUAAUUCGACUAAUGGAAGAGAGAGAGAAGAAGAGAGCAUACUUAAGAUCAAAUUUGACUAUGAUGAAAAACAAGAUGGAAUUUUGAAGUCUGAGCCAGUAGAAAUUGGAGAAGAACCCAGGAUCCUUUAUAACUGCAGGCCAGAAUACGGAGACUAUGACAACAUCGAACUGGAGAGGCAUUCUGAGCCAUGUGACCUUGUCAAAUCAAAUACUGCAAAACUGAAGUGUGACAUUUGUGGAUUGGGCUGUGUCAGCCUCAAUGUUCUGGUGGUUCACAAACGCAGCCAUACUGGUGAGCGCCCUUUCCAUUGUAAGCAGUGUGGAGCCUCAUUUACUCAGAAGGGAAAUCUUCUCCGCCAUGUUAAACUUCACACUGGGGAAAAGCCAUUCAAGUGUCAUCUUUGUAGCUAUGCUUGUCAAAGAAGAGAUGCACUCACAGGUCACUUAAGGACACAUUCUGUGGAGAAACCAUUCAAGUGUGAAUUCUGUGGACGGAGUUAUAAGCAGAGAAGUUCAUUAGAGGAACACAAAGAAAGAUGUCGGACAUACCUGGAGAAUGCUAGCCUCAGUGAAGCUGAAAGUUCAGAGAGAAAGCACAUCAGAACUGAAAUGGGAACUGAGCGGGCCUUUGUCCUGGACCGCUUAGCAAGCAACGUUGCCAAACGAAAACGUUCCAUGCCACAGAAAUUUAUUGGUGAAAAACAACCCAACCUUGAAGUAAAUUAUAACCAUGGCUUUUUAUAUGAAAAGGAGAGAGAGGCUAUGCUGCCAGGAUGCAUGGGGGAGCAAACCUUCAACAAUGCCAUUGGUUAUUUUGGUCCAGAACCAGUGUACUCACUUGCGCAGACCUCAGCUGCUCCAAGUUCAGAGAUGGUGCCUGUCAUUAGCAGCAUGUACCCUCUUACAUUCACUCACCCUGAAGUGCCCAGUAAUAACCUGCUGAAAAUGGAAAAGAGUGACAUCCAACCGAGAGACAAGAUACCUACUGAGCAAGGCUUUUCUCCAAAUAAUAGUGGUCAACAUUCUACAGAUUCAGAUAACAAUCAAGAAGAGAAUCAGAAUCAUGCCUACUUUCAAAAUCAAAUGGUUCCUCUUCCUUUUCAGGCCAGGAAUGGACCCCUGACUUUCAAGGAACAAUCUAUACCAUAUGACAUGUUCAGGCAACCAACUGUUUGUCCUUGUGAUGUCUUGAAAGUCUUCAACAAAGACGGUGAACACAUUGGAUCCUUUCGAUGUGAUCAUUGUCAUAUUAUUUUCUUGGAUUAUGUUAUGUUCACUAUCCAUAUGGGAUGUCAUGGUUUUCGUGACCCUUUUGAAUGCAACAUGUGUGGGCACAGGAGCAAAGACAAAUAUCAGUUCUCCUCCCACAUAAUUCGGGGUGAGCACAAAGCAGGUCUGAUAUAAGAGGAAAAUUACUCUAUUCUUUUCUGAGACACUCAAUGUGCAUCUGUAUUGCAAAAUCAUCCAGUUUUUGAAGUAGAGUUAAAUAUUGAGUUUUCUCAAAAAGAUAAAACAAAACAAACCUGAUCACAGAUGUAUGAAUGGGUAUUUUUAUGAAAUUCACUUAAAGAACUAAAGCGUUCAGCAUUCUUUGAUCAGGAACUAAGAUCGUUAAACAUUAUAAUUUCUAAUACAGACAGCAUAAUAAGAACUUUUUAAAAACAAAGAUCUCUUUAAAUUCUAAACUUUUUAGAAAAAAUGGUUUAUUUUUCAGUGAUUCUCUGCUUUUCAACAUUUUAUUAGCAAUGUACUAACAUUUGGCCCAGCCAUCUUUUGUCUAGUUAAACAUUUUUUGCAUGAGUUGUGUCAAAGAGUUUACUGUGCUAUCUAACUCCAGCAAAUGUAACACCUUAUUUUACCACGUUUUUUAAGGAAAACAAAGGUUUCUUCCAUACUAGACUUCUAUUAAGCUGUCAAACGGCCUUAUUCAGAAUUCUUGUAAAUAUCCAAAUGACAUCAUCUUCUAUUUCUAACCUUCUUGUCUCAGAAUUGCAAUAAAGAAAAAAACAUCCCAAAUUGCAAUAAAGAAAAAAACAUCCCAAAUUGCUCCACAAUGUCUUUCCAGAGCAGCACUCUGGAAGCACAUAAUAAUGAUAUAUAGAAAGGUAUAAUGACAAAACUAAAGGCAUUUUCUUACAGGAAGAAAUUACAAUUUAGCAAAUAUCUAGAACUCAUGUGGUUAAGACUUAAGGAAUGCCAACAAGAAGGGGAUUUUUAAAAUGUGGAAACCUGUGACUGAAUUAGAAUCUAAAUCAUUAUGAACCCAAAGUACUGAACAUGUAACUCAUUGCCAUCUUUAUGUUUUGGAUAUCCAUGAAAAAAAAAUGAAGGUAUAUAAUUAUGUGAACAUUGGAUAAAGAUUAGUAGGGGAAGAAUUUAAGAAUUUCUUAUACAUGCCAUUCUUUGAUACAUGCACUGUAAUAUUUACUUGUAGCCAAUAGAUAUUUGAAGUCAUGUGUCAAAUUUGCUGGCAAUGCCUUCAGAUUUUGUUGAAUAUUAGGUACUGAAUACAAGAUGGGUAGCUAGGAUUUGUUGUUUUUUUAGGAAUGAAGUUAUCCUCUGUAAAUAGUAGUGUUCCAAUCCUAAAGCUGCAUCACAUGGACAAUACAGAGGUGGGUUUCAGCAGGUUCUGACCAGUUCUGGAGAACCAGUGGUGGAAAUUUUGAGUAGUUCCAAGAACCUGUAGUAAAAAUUCUGACUGGCCCCCAUCUAUUCUCUGCCUCCCAAGUUCCAACUGAUCAGGAGGAAAUGGGGAUUUUGCAGUAAUGGUCCCCUAGAUUGGAAAGGGAAUGGAGAUUUUACAGUAUCCUUCCCCUAGAGUGGGGUGGGAAUGGAGAUUUUACAGUAUCCUUCCUCUGCCACGCCCACCAAGCCAUGCCCACCAAGCCACACCCACAUAACUGGUAGUAAAAGUUUUUGAAACCCACCACUGGGACAAUAGUAGCCUGUUAUCUAUAAAAUCACACCAAGCAUAAGACAAUUUUGUUGUCUUUAAACUCCAGAUUUGAUGAAGAGGGAAGAUUGGGGGGUAGGGUGGGGAUGAAGACAUGCCACCACAUUUCAAUGAAAGUCACCUUUUCAGUGAAAUGUCGAAGUUUCUUCUGAACAAAAUAGUAGGGGAAUAUUGAAGGGAUAUUGAGAUGCAGUGAACAGCAAAAUCUCUCAACGGUGAAUGGGGGAAAAUCCAGUACAUGCUAAGAAAUUUUGCUCAGCAUCAGCUUUCAAAAUCUAGUUUUUUUUUUUCCUUCAGAGAAUUCUUAAGAAAAAAAAAUGAAGUUUUUAUAAGGCUAGAGAAAUUACUCAGGCCAGUGGGGGAAGAUUUGCAUUAAUUGUGCUAGUAACUUUUUACUUAAGUUUGCUUAGUCUCUUUUCAUUUUAAUACUUCUGGCCUAGUAAAGAAAAAAUAUCUACUAUUAUUAUCCAAAUAGAUUUAAUAUUAUCAUGUAAUAGCUAAGUCAUAUUUCUAAUAUGUGUUAAUAUUGUGUAUAAACAUUGCUGCUUCAACUAAUGGCUGCUCAGAACUCUUCUCUAGA